UUGAUUAUAAAAAUGGUGGAUUCAUAUUAUUGGAUUCGUUUGAUAUCAUUUUUGUUUUUGAUCUAUUUAUUAGCACUAUUUUAAAUCUUUAACUACUGUUGUAACAUAAACAAUAAUGUGAUCCACAAAAUUUUUUAAGAAAAAAAAUCUAGAAUGUAUUAAAAUCUAGAUCUAGUGUUAAAACGUCACCAUUUGCUAACCAACAACAAUUAGAUCUACAAAUCCACAAAAAAAAAAAAAAUGGAACCAAACUUGGCAGAGAAAGUUUAUGAUGAAGUAAGUUUACAAGUGGAUAUUUACACUCUUUUUAUGAGUUUCUGUUCUCAAGCUCUGGCUAAAGAAGACCCAAAGUUUCUGGAUAUUAUCAAGUUAAGAUAUGAAGCCUGCAGUGAUGAGUAUCGUAGUUCUGAAAUGAUGGCUACGUUAUUGAAAGACACUCAGAGGAAUAUGGAGAUGGAACGCUCACGUCUAUUUGUCCACCUCAAAGAUUUGGUGACUGAGUUAAAAGCUCACAGUGUACACCAUAAAGUUAAAAAAAGGAAACGUGAGCAUGUAAAACAAUUGUCUGAAGAUAGUGACUCAGACAUUCAACCACAUAAAAGUAUUAAAUUAUUGCCUUGCAGUGUGCUUAUUGUAAAAACAGAGGUAACUGAAUCAGACAUGUCUGAAGCUGUCCCAGAGAAGCCCAAAGCUUGUUGGAUCACCACUGGCAUUUCAGACAGUCUUCAGGAAAUCAGUGUGGCUAAUGAGAUACAACAAAGCCUUGAGACUGGUCAAGAUUGUGUAGAAACUUCAAACUUGGAAAAGCCAUUGGAUAUUGGAGUACCAGAUAAUUGUCUGUUAAACAAGGAUCACCCCAGUCCCUUGAUUGCUACUGAAACUUCAAGUAUUGUCACAACUGGUCAUUCAGACUUCUUGGAUAGUACUAAGUGUUUGGUUGAAACCAGUAACAGGGUGUGUCUUGUUGAAGAAGUGAUCACCAAAGACAUUUCAGUGAGACUUACAGACUGUCAGCAGCAUUCACCUCUUAAAUCCAAACGAGCAGUUUUGACAACUUUGUCAAGCUAUGUUCCUAGUACCAGCAACAAGGGUUUUCAAUCAUCCAGUAGUGAUUCAGCAGAAAAAUCUGCCAAGACACUCAAGGCUGAUUCCAAAGCUCAGGACUCAUCUGAUGAAUUUCAAGACCCUCAAAAAAAUGAAGUUAUGAAUCUUAAACAUCAGAGACAUGUGAAAAAAUUGGAGGAUCUUUUAGAGUCUCUGCGUAAUGAAAUAGAAAAGUGUCAAAAUGAAGAAUUAUCAUUGGACCACAUGGAUGAAGAGACGUCUCCUUACAUUUAUGAAGACAAGCUCAAAAAGAAGUUUGUUGCUGCUUGGAAUAUGUUAUGUAAAAUUACAAAGCGAUCAGUGACUACAGGUCGACCCGUAGAGAGGACAGUUAAAUUUGGAGGAACUCGUUAUAAAGAAAUCAACAAAAGGCUGGAGAGAUUUUUAAACAAGACAAAAAUAUUUCCAGAUUUUACAGAUAUAAAAAAUAUUGUGAAGUUGACUAAUAAAAAGUAUAAAAUGAAUUUAAGCUCUAAAAGUAUAGACAGCAUUUCAAGAGAGGCUUUUGUUGAUAUUGGUGAGAUGCUGCAGCACAGAAGGCAUCAAGACUUCAUUGCUACAUUUGGAAAUAGACAAACCGACUUUCUACGGAAUAGUAACACAGAUCCUUAUCUGACAGAUCCAGAAUUUAGAAAAAAAUUAGACAGCAACAGGAAAGUUGCAAGAUCUAAUUUAGAUCAUGUUAUAGCUAAAUACUCGAAGCUUCAGGAUGAGAAGACAGAUGGUAUUGAAGAAGAUUCAGAUGAUGAAGAAGAAGAAAAUACACACAGAAAAACAAAUAAAAUGCUAAUGGAAGAAGAUGAGGAGAAUUCUGAUAAAGAUGAACAAAGAUCAACAAGUUCUGAAUGCUCUCACUCAAGCAAAAAAAUACAGAAAGAAACAAGGUUGUCAGAAAGUCCUCCUAUUAAAUCAACUUACAAAUACUCUAAUCAAAAACUCAACAAGCAUUCUUGCAGCUCUGACACAGACUUAAAAUCAAACAGUGAUGACUCUACUGUAAAAUCUUUUGCCAUAGCAUUGGGCCUAAACCCGUUAUCUUUGUGUGUUAAUAAUGAUGAUAAACUUUGUGGUGCCCAGGAGGAUUCCUCAGUUACUAAUGAAAGUGUCUUUGUAUUAGAGGGAAGUCCUGUCAAGUCUGGGGACAAGUUCCCAACCUUAGGAAAAGAGAACUACCUAGCAUCUGGUUCAGGUCAGAGUAUGCAGGAUGCCAUUCUUCUAAAAGGCCCCAACAUUAAAUUCACUGCUCGCAAAACAUCGACACUGCCAUUAUCUGGCAAGUCAGAGAUGUUCCACAGCAUCAGCUAUGAUGACAUUGCAAUGGAGAAUGAAGAAGAUGAGGAGGAUCAGUCCAGUGAGUCGGAUUGCAGUGGGGAGGAAGAGGAGGAUGAUGAUGAAGACAUCAUGGUGAUAGAGGACAGUGUAUCCGAAGUAGACUCCGAGAGUUCCAGGGGAGCUUCCCCUAUCAGUGUUAUCUCAUUGAGUAGCAGCAUAGAUGACAUUGAUGAUGAUGAUGACAAUCUGAAAUCUAAUGCUGAGCUCACAGAAAUCAAACUAGAGCCAACUUCUGAUGGUGUAAUGAACUCUAGGGGUCAGCAGAAUGUCACAACUUGUAUAUCACAUGUUCUGGACCUUGCAAGCAGUGCCUUGUUAAACCAAAACGCUACUAUUGAUAGAACAUUAUCUCAGAAGUUACCAACUCAUUCCACUGAAUUUCUAGACCUAGCAACUAGCAAGUCUUCACGCCAAGGCAGUAUUAGUACCACACAGAUAAAACAUGAGCGUAGAUUUGUCUCGCCCACAGAAUCUGGCUUUUAUUCAAAUCCUGAUAACAUUGUGGACAUUUAUAAAAGUAAGAAAGACUUGUUGCAUACAUUUAUACCAAUAACACCUCCUGAGGAUACUGAUUUUGAAUUAUUAGCCUCACAAGAGAAAGAUGUUGAAAUUGACAUACCUCAUGGGAAUAAAUUCAAAACAAAAGCUUUUAGUGAGGAUAAAGCUGUAACUAUAACAAAUCAUGAGGAUGACUUCGCAUCUGCAGACAAAGUGGAGAUAACUAUUGAGAUAGAUGAUGAAAGCUUUGACAUUGGUCUCCCCUUGGCUGCUGAAAAUGACAGCUUCAUCAGUCAUCAGAGCAAACAAAAACGUGGAAUAGAUCAUCAAGUCAAUGAGGACUCUGUUAUAGAUAUUGAUGAGCUGUCCAAUGAUACAAAAUUAUUCAAAGACGCUAAAGAAAUGCAUGCUAAAAUAGAGAAAAUGAGUAGGAACAAAUCUCCACCAAAAGAGAAAGUUAUUGUCAUUGAUGAGGCUAGCCAAGAAGUGUCUACCUCUGCUCAGAGUGAGAGGGUGUGUAAAGAAGACAAUAAAAUAGUAUCUAGUUGUAAAAAUUUGUUUUUAGAGAAUCAAAGCAACCAAAAGAGCUGUGGUUUCUCUGAGUCUCCUUCUUUGGAAGAAGUUAUAGACCUUGAUGCCAGUCACAAUGUCAUGCAGUUUGACUCUAGUAGAUCAGAUAAUGGUACUGAUAAGUCUGUACAUGUCCCAGGAAUAAGUGAGUACCUGAGGAGUGACAGUCACCGGCCAACAGAUAAUGUCAGUGAGUGCUAUAUAACUGAUAGUCAGCAAUCAUCAGGCUUCAUAAGCGAGUGCCAUAUCAGUGAAAGUCACAAAUCUGUGGACAAUGUCAAUGAGACAGGUGAAAAUGUGCUUCCUUCCUCUGACUGUACAAAGCAUCCUUCAACUGCCCUUACAGAAACUCCUUCUACGCCAAUGCACUUAGAAACAUUUCCAGACAACCCUUUAAUCGAAACUUCUGAAACCUCUGAAAUUGAAAAUGUUUCACUCCAUGGUACCAAUCCUGAGAAACAGAUAAAAACAUUCCACGAAACAGACUCAUUACACCCUAAUAUUGCUAAUCAGAAUGUUUUGAUUAUAGCAGAGUCAACUUCUGAACUUUUAAACAUUAAUUUUAAGGAUGAUAAAAUAGUAGCAGAUGUUUCAGUGUCACUCGACUCUAUGGCCAAUGUAAACAUGAAAGAACCAACACCUGAAGGAAGUCCUCCAAAUGAAGAACAUUUGGCUAUUGAGGUUGACAAAAGUAAGGAAACAUUGUGUGAUGUAUUGGUGAGUUCUAAAGUUGUUCUAAAAAAGAUUGACAAUGUUAAUAUUGAGGAAGUAAAUGCAAGUCUUAAUGUUGAGAAAAGUUAUUCAGAUUCUUCAGUCAAUUUAAACUUACAGUCUGGAGGAAAAGUUUCUGAAGAAAAAACUAAACCAAGAAUUGAUAAUAAAAACUUAGUUUUAGGAACCUGUAAUACAAACAAACAGGAGAUAAUAAAAGGUGAGGACACAAACACAAUUAUUGACAAUAUUAUGGAGGAAAUUAAGGAUGAUAAUACUGAGGAAAUUAAUAAUGAGAACACUGAGGAAAUUAAUGAUGACUAUGAGAAGCUUAGUGUUAAAAAUAGUGAGAAAAUUAAUGAUGAAAAUGAGAAAGUCAAUGAUGAAAACACAGAAAUAAUUGAUGAUAAAAACACAGAACAACAUAGAGAUGAACACACUGAGACACUAGAUACUGAAGACACUGAGAAAAAUGACAUUUUUGAUAAAUUAAGUUUCAAAACCAUUGUUGAAAUAGCAAAUGAUGAAAAGAUAGAAGAGAAAAGGAAAGAUGAAAACAUAGAAAAAAAGAAUGAAGACCUUGAGCAAACAAGUGACGAGAACUUAAAGAUAGAUAGCAAAAGUCCUGCAGAAAACAGGAAGGAUGAAAAUAGUCAAGAAAAAAUGGGUAAUGAAAACCUUGAGACAACACUAUUUGAUGUCGACACUAAGAAACAAAAUAAUACAAAAGCUGAUAUCUUGAAAGACAAAGCUAUUAAUGUGAAAAAAGCCAAUGAAAUGAUUAACAAAGAUGAGAAACAAGCUGAUAGUGUUGCCCAUAAACCUGAGAUGAAUUCUACGGCACACAACUCAGAGGAAACACCAAAAUCUACUUUAGCUGAUUUACAGGAGGACUGUGAGGAUGAUGAUGUCUUCAACUCUAUAUUUCGUAUUUGUGAUCAGAUCAUUCAGAACUCAGCACCAGAAGAAAAGGUGAUCGAUCAUAAACUUGUAGAGAAUGUUUCUCAAGAUGAACAUUCAUGUUCCACCGAAAAUACUGUGACUAAUGAUAAGCAAGUGGAAGGAAAUGUUGUUAAGAUCACUUGUUCAGAUUUAUCAAAAGAAGAAAGCUCUGAGAUUUUAGUGAAAGAGAAUGAUGUGCUGCCGCCAACUAAAGAUAAGGAAGAUUGCUUAGUUGGUCAGACAACUUUAGAAGAUGUUACUGAUGAAACAGACAACUCUGCACUGUCCAUGUCACCUACAACAGGUUUACUAGCUAAUACAGACAACAGCAAAGCUAACGCAGCUUUGCCAAUUUCACCCACAACAGAUGUAACAGAUAAAACGGACAUCAAGAUAUCAGAAAAGAUGAUUGUAGACAAUGACAGUGAAAAAAAUACAGAUAAACCACAAACUGGAACCUGUGAAGAUGAACUUGAAAUCAUUGAAGAGUUGUCCAAUGCAGUCGGAAGGGUGCAGUCCAAGAGGACAAAAGAAGAAGAUAGACUAUGGGUCUCUCAGCAGCUGGACAAACUAAACAGUGCUCUUUCAUGUAAAUCUUCCAUUGUUCAGCCCAGUCAUGCAGAAAGUUCAGACGUCACAAAUUGCGUGCAUGAUGACACAAGCAGUAAAAAUGUGGCAGAAGUAAUGCCAGAUCUGGAAGAUGUAGAAUGUUUGGAUAAUGAUACUGAAGAGGCUGUUGGUAGCAAGAAUGCUUUAGUAUCAAACAGUGAAGGCAGCACAUCCAAAACUGUUGCUGUGAAAAGAAGAAAGAAAAGUUCAGAGCUAGACAACUUUGAUAGUGCAGAACCAGCAGCCAGCACGAGCAAGGAGAAAAGUAGUGAUGUGGAAAUAAUUGGCUGUGAAAAUAUUGAACCUCCUGCCAAGAAACAUCACGUUGACGCAGACUUUAUUACUGAACUUAUUAGUUCAGUCUAUCACGAGCCUUUAUUAAAUAAAGUCAAGAAGUCGAAACCUACAUCAGCUGGUGAGGAUGAAGAUGUCCAAGUUGUUGAAACUAACAUCAGACCUAGAAUUUUAAGGCAAGACGCACCUAGUAUGAAAAAUUCAAAGGCUAUUAGAGGACAAGAUGUAUUUAAGAAUUAUACUGCGAUAAGGGGGAAUAAAAUGAGCACUGUCUCCACAAGAGUAAACUCAACAUAUUUAGGCCCUUCUAGCAGAGGGCAAUUAAAAAAUGUGUCUAGGUUUAGUUCGACCCAAAUACAGACUAGCCAGCGAUUAGCUUCCAGUAGCACACCUUACAGUGCCAAGCGUAUGCCCAACCCAUUGCCAUGCCUUGGUCCAAGAGUCCCCAUUCCAAGAAUUCAGCCACCCUCCAGCUUUGGAAGCCCUAGAUUGAAUUCCAGAUCAUUCCAGAUGAACUCGCCACCAAGACCCUUUUCAAAUCCUGGUGCUAUGUUUCCAAACAGACAGAAAUUUGUUGACAGGAGGAUGCUUGUGUCACCGUAUUUUAGAAGCAGUCCUUCCACAUCCUCUCCUGUCAACAUUGCCAGGCAAAGCUCUCCUAACAUUCGUCAACAAAGACCACCGACUUCUCACACUGCUGGAAGAGGUAGACCUUUUCAGUUGCCUUCUAAGAAGAACGUCAGGCAGCCUGUUAGAAACUUAGAUGGGACUGAAAUAGUUCUAGAUGAUUCAGACACUGAAGACCAAAACAGUAACCCAACAACAACACCUGUCAUUUUAUCAGUGCAAAGUUUGAGUUCUGUCAACGCUUCAAAAGAAACGAAGAGUCCUGGUGUCAAAAAGCCUGGGGAUGUAAUUGUGCUUUCAGAUUCUGACUGAUUGUAAACAAUCUUCCCAUAAAACUGGAGUUGUAAUUGUGCUUUCAGAUUCUGACUGAUUGUAAACCAUUUUCCCAUAAAACUGGAGAUGUAAUUGUGCUUUCAGAUUCUGACUGAUUGUAAACAAUCUUUUCAUAAAACUGAAGUUGUGAUUGUGCUUAUACAUACUGACUGAUUAUAAACAAUCUUUUCAAUGGAGUAAUGUAAGGAUGAGCAAUCCAAAUGGCUUUUUAUUUUGUUCACAUUACAAGUACUAAAUGUGGGGCUAAACAGAUGCAGCUUCCUUUUUACCUGCACAGAACAUGCACCACAACCUCACAGCCUCAGGGUUUCACCAUUGUGAGGCAUUAUGUGAUCAGUCUACAGAAGCCAGAGCUACUAAUCUGUACUUUUAACAAGAUUGCAGUCAUUGAUUUGACACAGAUCUAUAAAACAGCCACCUGGCUCUCACAAUCCCUAUGUACAGUGCCAAGCUCUGUCACAAGACCUCAAGGUAAACUUGCUGUCUCCCUAAACAGACUAGAUCUAUAUAGUGCACACACACCAGACCACUGACCUCUGCACAAAUUUGAACAGAUGAAAAAAUGUGGUUAUUUCGCUUGUGAAAGUUCUGGAUGCUCAAACUUUCACAUAGAACACUGAUGGAAAGGAUUCAUUCUGUUCUUAACUAUUAAGUACUAUCAAGCAUACUUCAGUUGUUGCACAUUUCCUGAAGAUGUAUAUUUUCAUAUGUUUAUGUAUAUUUUCAUAUGUUUAUAUUAAGGCUGUAGGUCAAUGGAAUUGUUCAUUUUAUUGAUGCUCAAGCCUAUAAGUGUGGGAAAAAAAACACAAUAUAUUUACAAAUGUAAGAUUUGACAGGUAAUUGUACAAAAGCCAUUUGUUUUAGACCAUGACCAAGCUGCAUAUCACUCACUACAUUUUUAACUGUCAUGUUCUUCUUUGUUUAUUUAUUCCUAUAAAUCAGGCCAUUACUAUGUUCUGUGACACACUUUGUUACUAAAACAAUGUAAAUAUUUGAAUUGAUAUAAAUAUAAAUAUUUUCAACUUGUUUCUUAUAGAAUGAUGUUAGUAGCAUGAAAAAAGGAUAUGAUAGGUAUAGUGAAUCUGAUUAUAGUCAAUCUGAUGACGUGUAGUGAUGAUGUGUGUUGUGAGUCCGAUGAUAUGUAUUGUGGAAAUGAUGAAUGUCAGAAUGGUAUAUAUAUAUAUAUAUAUAGCAUAAAUAAGAAUCAAGGGUUGAGAUUGAUAAUUAUUAUCCUCUUAGAGCAUCUGAUAUUGGUGUCAAUUUUUUAAAUAGACUUUGUAUAUGUUGGCAUUGUCUUAUGUUGGAUCAAAUAAAUGUCAAAGCUAUUUUGGUUGCUCUUAUGUUAUUAAUAACCCUUAUAAUUCAAUUCUAUCUUUGAUUGUUUCUAUCUUGCAAGUGUUAUCCCCUACAAACAUUGGAAAGUUGAUUUUUUUUUUUUCAUUUUUUGUUUAUAAACUUUCAAAGAUCAGAAUCUUUUUUAUAGAGAAAUUUUGAUUCAAGAUGACAUGUAAGGGGGUGUCUUAAUUUAUCCCUCUGCUUUAUAAACAGUGAAGAGUUAAACUUUCUAAAAGUAAUGUUAAAUGUUCAAUCUGUUUGUGUUGUGUCUCAAUAAACAGAACAUAUGACCAGCUUCACAGAUUUAGUACAUGGGAUUUUUCAAAGAGAAAAA